AUGUGGGGAGCCUGUCCUGCUCAUCGGCCGAGGCUGUGGUUGUUGUCUCCCUGCCUCCCGGGGCCUGGAGGGAUCCUAGAGCCACCAGCAACGAGUGCCUGUCGACAGCACUCUUGUUGGGCAUUUGUUAGCAGCAGAGGAGUCUGCUGCAGGAGGCCAAGAAGCAAGAGUCCUGAAGUGCUCCUCUGGAGAAGCGCCAGCAAGGGGUCUUGCUGCUACUUUCCUGACAAGUCUGCCCACUGUGCAGCUGGGCUGCCAGCUGCCCUCGCCACCUUGCCUCUGGAGCUUACUGUCCUCUACAACUCCCUGCUUUUUGCUAUGGGAGCAUCUAACUGUGCCAUCAGUGGAGAAGCAGAAGGAAUACACCAGGGGCUCCUCAGGGUUCUGGAGGCUUGUGGGGCCUCUGGGCAGGAUCUCAGCACUGAGGAGCUGUGGCAGAAAGUGCUGCAGGAGGUGACUGUUGAAGAACUUCAGGCGCCUUUGCAUCGGCUGGGCGCCCUGCAAGGAGCGUGGUGGCUGGCAGCCAACCGCCUGGGAAGUAUCAUCGGCCUCUUCCGGCUCCUGAGCAAUGCUGAGGACGCAGGGAGAGCUCCCUGCAGCGGAGGGAAGAACGAACUCCUCUCUCUGCUCAAAGCAUGGAAGGUACCUGCCGAGGGGUCCUCUGUGUCCCUCGUACAGAGCGCCGAAGACUUGAAGGAGAUCCUGUGCACUGCAGCCGCCUUCCUGCAGGGGCUGCAGGAGCUGGAGGCUGGGAACCUCCCAGCCUUCCUCUCCCUCCUGCAAGAAGCUGCUGGCGGAUUCUGCUCCAAGAGGGUCCUGGCUCAGAUCUACACCUGCCUCGGCCGCUGCGCUCAGCGAAUGGGCAAGCCUCAGACAGCCCUUCAGCACCUGAAACGGGCCCUCCAGGUGGACUUCCAGUGCCUUCCUGCCUUGUCCCACGCUGCAGCAGUGUACCGUGAGCUGGGGGAGACAGACGCAGAGCUGCAGACCCUGGCUGUGCUAUACGAGGCUCUGGAAAGAAGCUCUCCAGCAGCUGCUUCCACUACUCCCUGUAGUCUAAUCCAAACAGAGCACCUUGUCCACACACCAGCGCUAGCUUCUCUCUUCCGCCAUCGCCCCCCUUCUGAAGUGAAGUACCUGCUGGCACAGAGGUGUCUCCAGGAUAGGAGGGUGGCUGCUGCUGUGGAACAUUACUUGGAUUUUCUGGCUCUGCUCCAGGAUGGGCUGCAGCAGCAGGUGCCUCUGGAUGGUGGAUCAGCUCUGCCCAGGAUACCUGAGGUGUUCCUGGAAGCAGCAUCUGCUCUGGAGCAGGCCGGGAGGCAUCAGGAUGCCAUAACUGUGUGUGAGGAGGUUGUGAGCCGGACAGCUGACCUGAUCCCACAGACGCUGGAAUUUGAGGAGAGGCCAGAGCGCCCAUCACCAGGGACAGAAUUGGCUAGUGGUCCCCUGUCCCAGAAGAGGGAGAGUCUGUGCUGCCUUGUGUGGAGAACAGCUGCAUACCUGCACCAGGGCUGGUGGCUGACGGGCCAGAGCAGAGUGCACCUUGCUGUGGCAGCUGGCGUGACUGCUUGCAGCCCAAGGACAGCACUGAAGUUCCUCUGUCCUCCCUCCCUCAGGUGCCUUGGCGAUCUCUUACGAGUCCAGCUUUAUGGGUCGGGUGUUGAAACAACAGAGAGUCUCCUACCAGAAGUGAAGCUUCUCCAGAAGAUCAGGUUGCUUUCUCUCGUUGGGCGAGGCAGCCAGUUCCUGGAGCUGGGGAGGCAUAGGGAAGCCUUGCUGGAUUUCCAGCAUGGUUUGCAGAUCUCACCAGGUGACCCUGCUGCUGCCUCCUACCUGGUUCAGGUCCUGUGGGAACUGAACCGAAAGCAGGAGGCUGCCACUCGCUGGCAGAAGCUCUCAGAGAGCCUCUCUGAGGAAGAUGAGCGGCAGGAGAGGCUGGGAAGGUGUGUAGUGAGGCCCUACCCUUUGUACUUGCUUUCAUGUCUGAAGCAGGCCAGCUUCCCGCACAAUGAAUCUCUUGCUAGAAACAUACAGGAUUACCUCCGAACCACAAGCCAGGAUCUCUCCAGCUAACCCAGUCCGUCUCCCCAUCACCACAUACCUGCUGAAAUCUCCCUGCCUGCACCAGGGUGACAGGAAGCCUUAAUGGCUUCUCCAAGACUCAGAAUUACUCUUGGAUAAAGCUGGGUUCCCAAAGGACUGAAAUGGAACAAAGUUGCUUUAAAAGUUGCUAAUAAAAGCCUCAGAUCU